AUGCCGAAGGAUUCCCUGGCGGUAGAUGAGGUCAUCGAGAUGAAGGAGGAGGUACCGCCGCACAGCCAAAGGGUAUCCAGGAUGAGUGCGCAGCAGACCCCGAGAUCGAGCAAUCAACACUCCGCUCGUCUUCAAGGAGGCUCAAGUUCGACUCAGCAGACCGGAGUUCUCAUGGUUGGUCCGAAUUUUCGGGUCGGGAAAAAAAUCGGAUGCGGAAAUUUCGGAGAGCUGAGACUCGGACGGAACCUUUACACAAACGAACACGUUGCGGUCAAGUUGGAAGCUAUGCGAUCGAAAGCUCCGCAGUUGCAUCUGGAGUACCGAUUCUACAGGAUGCUCGGGUGCCAUGAGGGCGUUCCUGAGGUGUACUAUUUUGGUCCCUGCGGGAAGUACAACGCAUUGGUCAUGGAGUUGCUGGGUCCAAGCUUGGAGGACCUGUUCGAAAUGUGUCGGAGAAAGUUUGCGUUGAAGACGGUGCUGCUGAUAGCAAUUCAGCUCCUUCACCGCAUGGAAUACGUUCAUUCGAAGCAUCUCAUAUAUCGGGACGUGAAACCAGAAAAUUUCCUGAUAGGACGAUCUUCCACUGCAAAAGACAAAUUUGUCCACAUCAUUGACUUCGGUCUAGCGAAGGAAUACAUUGACGCGGAAACCAAUCGUCACAUCCCUUACCGAGAGCAUAAAUCAUUGACUGGAACAGCCAGGUACAUGAGCAUCAACACUCAUCUGGGACGCGAGCAAAGUCGUCGCGAUGACUUGGAGGCACUCGGUCACAUGUUCAUGUAUUUUCUUCGGGGGAGUUUGCCAUGGCAGGGACUUCGUGCGGAGACCUUGAAGGAAAGAUAUCAGAAGAUUGGCGACACAAAGCGGUCUACGCCGAUUGAGGAACUUUGCGAAGGACAUCCAGAGGAAAUGGCGACGUAUUUGCGUUAUGUGAGACGAUUGGACUUCUUCGAGACCCCUGAUUACGAGUACCUCCGAGGUCUAUUCCAAGAUUUAUUCGAACGUAAAGGUUACGUUGAAGAUGGGGAAUUCGAGUGGACGGGAAAAACCUCGAUUGAGGUUUUGCUGUAUUACUGA